AUGGCUACGAUACAGGAGGGAGAUCUCUCUGCUCCUCUGUACGGUAGUCUCUUUGACGGCACCAAGUUCUGGCUCUCCUUACAAGUUCCCGCUCGCCCAAAUUACAAAAAGCUCAUACAGACGAAUGGUGGUGUUCUUGUGGAUAGCGAAAAGGAUGCUGAAAUCUGUCUGGUUGACCAUUUGAAGGUGACACCACAAAACGACAAAUUAUAUUCUUACGAAUACAUUGAUGCCUGUCUCAAAGAACGCAAGCUUGUCGAUCUGGAGGCUCAUCUGGUCGUUGCGAAGAAAAAAAGGGCUCUGUCCGGCUCAAUAUCACAAUCAAAAACUACGAAGCUCGGAAAAUCAGGACGGACUUUGUUCACCCAGGAAGAUGACGAUAUCCUCUUCCGAGCCAUUAGUGUACCAGGUGUCAGGCUGGGUGGUAACGCCGUAUACCAGAAGUUAGCAGACGAAUAUCCACAACAUACCAUGCAUAGUUGGCGUGGUCGAUGGGUGGACCACUUCUCUAAAAUUAUGCCCAAUGGACCUGUGGGGCAAGAAUCAUCCAAUCCGAAGCCCGAACGCGAGUCACCUCCCAUAAAUAGAGAUACGCUGAAAACAAUACAUAAUAGAGAAGAGGACGGCGCCAAUAGUGAUAGCGAGAGCGAUAGUGAACUCUUUAGCAACUUUACCAAUGCUGAUAAGAAAUUGUUGAUGGAUAAGGCGGAGGAGAUCAAUUCAUCAGACCACCCAAUGAAGAUAUUCAAGUUACUCAGCCGACAGUAUUCCACCCAUAGUUGGCAGGAGUGGACCGCCUGCUUUUACAGCGUUAUACUUCCUGAGCUCCGGAAGUCAGAUAAUAAGGCGAAGGUGCUCCAAGAAGAGCGAGGGGCCGCCGCAUCUUUCCAUAGCGCCAAGAGCUUACAGUUACAAAGCCCGAUACAACUAGAAUCUCGUUCAAGCGAAUCGUUGAAGAAAGACGUGACGCCGCGAAACCCAGGUCCUGAAAAGGAUUCGGGGUCGCCCGUCACUAGUUCUACACCUGCAAAGCGAAGAUUACCAGGUAAUCAUGGUUUCACUGCCCCCGUCAUGCUUGAUUCUGAGCAGGUGGCCGCAAAACUGCCCCAAUGGAGAGUAGUUAUUAACCCAACUACCUCCUCAUUAGCUACGCCAGGGGAAGCUUCUCUAUCGGCCAAGCCUCAAACACCUCAAAAUAAAAACUCCCCUCAGAAACGCAAGCACGCCGACGAUGGGCAAACGCCUCAAGUCAGUCAAGCGGUGAAGAGACCGAGGAAGAGAUAUGCGUCCAUAUCAGAGGUACCAUCUACCCCCGAUCAAUCACCUCGGCAUAAACGUCAGCCAUCAAUUGAAUUGGGUGGGCUCGUUCCAACAAGUGCGGAGAAAUCUGUAGAAGACGCAUCUGCGUUAGCACCGAAAGCAUUGGUUGAGGUGGUCAAGACGCCUGUCAAAAAGGCCGCGGGAGAGUCCACAAAAAUGGGCCAAGUCGUCAAAAUAUCUGAAACACCAGCCAAAUCACCCAAGAGGCCAACCCCAGAAAAAAAGCCACUUUCCAAGUCAACGCCGCCCAAAUCUAUUCUAGCCAAGUCUCCCAUGACCAAGAAGACAAGACUCUCCUACGACACUAUGAGUACCCAGGCUAUCUUCAGCGCCGAAAUUGACGAGGGGACACUUUCAACAGAGAUGAACUUCGAUCCCUUAUGGCCAGAAGACGAUGAAGUACCCAGCAAGCCCACAAUGUCCACCGCCCCCACCCACGCCAAUACUCCCCAGUCCAAGGCUUCCAGAGCAAACGUAUCUGAAUCUGCGAGAAAAACCGUCACAGAAACGGACAAGGCUGGAAUCGAGGAGAUGCAUCGCUACCUCGACUACUGCGAAAAGAAAUUCGGUCUUUCGGCAUCUGAAGUGAUCCAAGCUGUAGAACGCACCUCUGGUGUCAAAGCCAACAUAGAAACUCUUCUCAAGGCAAUCUCAAAAGGCGAAAAACCGGCGGAUAUCCCGGGCAUCUGGAACAAAGAGGACGACGAAGUCCUCAUGGGCUCUGAUAGUCGAAAGAUGAAGGAGUUAUCAGACCGGAAGGGCGACGCGGAGAUUAUGAGACGGAUGAAUUUCCUGAAUUUGUGGAAUUUGGCUUAGCUUUCCUUCCCCCCUUUAGCCUCACACUUUUCCUCGUCCUUUCAACAUUGUGACCAUUUCCAUGCAUCCCCCCUCCCUUUUCUCUUUUUCCCUUCUGUUACAAAUUUUUCUUAUUACUGGAGUUUGGUAGUGAUGGUUUGGGCAGAAAAAAUAAUAAUUCCUGAUGUUAUGAUAUGCUUGCUUUUCACCUCAUUCUAUUUCACAUCAUUUCCUAUCCUACGACUAUCGUGUUAAACUUGUUAGGUACAAGUUACUUGUGCAGCGGGAGCGCCGAUCGCGGCCUUUUCUUUAAAAAAAAAAAAAGCUUUGCUGUCUCAAUGCAACAACUAA